CUGACUGACUAAACUUUCUGAACUGGAAAGACACCAAGAAAACUCACUUAUUCUGUUGAACGGUAUCUUCGUCAAUAUCAUCCACAUCAUUCCUGUUGUAUGUUAUAACGUGUCUAACAGUGUUCAUUCAGUUCAUUCAGUUGCUAGCGUUGCCUGCAGACCAGGCGAUGACACUUUGGAUCCUGAAGGUCCCGGAGACGUUAUGUCUGGGCUUUGUUUCUUCCCCGCGGUCGGUCCGCUUCAACCACUUAAGCAUUUUUGUUCUGGCAAGAGUCGGCGCAGCGUGUGCGGUAGCAAUUCCAUUCCAAGUCCAUAUAAUGCGGACUCCGGCCGAAGAUUCUAGAACAGAAUGCGCUGCUCUGUAGCCUACGGAUGCAGGUGCAUCGAAAGUGAAGCUACUAUGUAUUUUUUAAUGAUGCACCGAUCGAUCGGCUGCUGAUCAUGAUCGGCCGAUAUUGCCCAAAAAUAGCCUGAUCGGCGAUCGGAAAAACAUGCCGAUCAAAAAGCCGAUCGCGUGACGUAAAUUAUUAGCGACGUUUAAAACUGGCAAGCGCGCAACCAUAGCCUACAAGUGCAUCUCGACAACGCGAUGACUUCUCCUGUCUGGACUUUCUUUAAAGUGAGUGAGGCAGAUGUGAAACUUGCUGUAUGCAAUGUAUGCAAUGACGCAAUACCUCGAGGUGGAAGUACCCCUCGACAGUUCAACACCACUAACCUCAUUAGGCAUCUUAGAAUUCGCCAUUCAACUGAAUAUGCCGAGUACGAGAAACUUGUCAAGCCGAAGGCAACCGGUUCAUCCCCAUCCCCCAGCCAGCCGACUUUGAGCGAAAGUUUACAUCGACGUGAACCAUACAGCAGAGAAAGUAAGAGGUGGAAAGACAUCACGUCUAAGGUUAUGGAAUUCGUUUGCCUAGGUGAACAGCCACUAUCUGUUGUGGAGGAGAAAUCUUUCCGUCGAAUGAUGACCUGUCUUGAUCCCCGUUACGACGCCCCAAGCAGGAGAUAUCUAACUGAUGUAUGUCUCCCUCAGUUGUACCAAACUGUGUACGCACACAUUGAAACCCUUCUGAAGGCUAACGUAUCCAUUAGUUUCACCAGCGAUAUUUGGAGUGCAGACGCAUGCCCAAUGUCUCUACUUAGCUUAACAGCGCACUUUAUUGAUGCUAAUUUUGAAAGACACAACAUUGUGCUACACUGUCAGGAGUUCACGGGGUCUCACUCCGCGGAGGCUUUGGUGGGGGCUUAUCGCUGUAUGUUUCAGUCAUGGGGGAUCCAAACGGAGCGAAUCCACGCCAUUCUAACCGAUAAUGCAAAAAACAUGCAAAAAGCCAUGAGAGACGCAGAUUUCCCUGGGCUCCCAUGUAUGGCUCACACGCUACAGUUGGCGGUACAUGAGGGAAUACUGUCUCAGCGCUCCAUCUCGGAUAUUGUAGCAUCAGGAAGACGCAUUGUUGGACACUUCAAACACUCUCCCUUGGCAUACAGUCGACUGGAGAGCUGUCAGAAGCAACUCGGCCAGCCAAUUAAAAAACUCCGCCAAGAUGUACCAACGCGCUGGAAUAGUUCUUUCUACAUGCUCCAGAGUCUCUUGGAGCAGAAACUGGCCCUCGCAUCAUAUGCAGCAGAAUACGAAUUGCCAUGCAACUUCACAGUCCACCAAUGGAAAUUGAUUGAAAACACAAUAACCAUCCUGGCCCCGUUUGAAGAGCUAACCAAAGAAAUCAGCUCAUCCACUGCGUCCGCUGCGGACGUAAUUCCAUGCAUCCGAGCGCUCACUCGUCUACUUGAGAAAACAACUGAGACGGACCAUGGCGUGAAGACGGCGAAAUCAGUGCUACUGGAAGCUGUCCGACGACGAUUCGCUGACAUUGAUGCACAGAAGUUGUACACAAUAGCUACAAUGCUAGACCCGAGGUAUAAAGACAGAUAUUUCUCAGAGGCACUCAAACCAUCUUUCCAUGAACAGCUUCAGAACGCCCUUGAAACCAGCCACCCUGAACUACCCAUCACUACAAGCACUGUGGAGCAACCCAGUUCCAGCAAGUCAACUGACAAGACCCCACCUGCCUGCUCUUUGCAGGCAAUGUUCGCAGAGUUAGUCGAUGAGGUAGCAGGGCAGAGUGAGCAGGAAAUUACCAUUAUCACCCAGGUCAGCCAGUACAUGGCAGAGUCUGUAUUGCAGCGCAGUUCAAACCCACUUGCCUAUUGGCAGCUGAAUAAAGGCCGCUUCCCUGCACUUGCACAGACAGCAAGAGCCUAUCUUUGUUCACCAUGCACAAGUGUGGAUAGUGAGCGGCUCUUUAGUACAGCUGCAAACAUCAUUGAUGACAAAAGAAACCGUCUCACCCCCAAAAAUGCAGAGAUGCUCAUAAUGAUCAAAAGAAACUUGCCCCAUGUUAUUGGGCAGUGAAAGAUUUUGUCCUUUGUGAUAGUAGGCCUUGCACGUUUUGGUUUUGUGGCCAAUUGUUUAUUUUAUCUUUAACCAGCAUUAACAAGCCAGUUUUCAAGUAGCCCAAGUUUUUUGUAAUGUGAGUUAGAAGCUGUCUGCUUGGCUUUCUAAUGUUCUUUUAUUUACAUUUUGAAUGGAAAGAUUCAUAUUUAUA